AUGCCAAUUCCAUGUUGCAAAUUUUCAGAAUAUAUGACACCAGCAAAUACACCAGCUACACCACCAAAUUUUCCUGAAACACUUCUUUCAUUUAAUAAAUUGUCUACAUCAGGUGGAACAACAGGAACACCAUCAUCAUCAUCAUCAUCAACAACAAAUGAUAAUCAAAUUUCUUCAACUACGACAACAACAACAACAACAAAUCAUUCAUUAUCCUCAUCACCAAUGAAUAUGACAAUGAUGAUGAUGAUGGAUGGAACAGCUUAA